AUGUAUUCAAAUAACUAAGGUAGAUAAAACUCAUAGAUUUAGGGAGCAGGUUUUUAAAACGACGCUUUUUCUUACGGAUUAGAUAAUUUAAAUGCUUAGAAUAUUAGCGAGCACUAGAGAAAAGCUAAUAAGCAGGUUGAGAGGUCAGCUGAUAUCGAAAAGGCAGCUAGGUCUUGCAACUGUGAGGAUUUGCAGAAUUUGAUAGAUGAUGCUGGGGAGGAGUCAAUAAAUAAAAGGGAUCUGAAUAGAGCUCUUCUUUUGGCUGUAUAGGGUUGUCUUUCAAAUAAGAAGGAGGAAUUGAUGGAAUGCAUUAGAAUCCUAUUGAACGCAGGGGCGAAUGUGGAUGCAGAAAACCCUAAAGAGGGAAAAACCGCUCUUAUGAUAGCCUGCGAGAAAGGAUAUGUGGAGGUGGUCGAUUAUCUACAGCAGUGUGAUGCUCAAGUGAAUCUGAAGGACAAGAAGUCCCGCAGUCCAAUCCUGUAUGCCUUAGAGGCAAACGCUUAGAACUUAGAUGUGGUUAUGAGAUUGAUUAAUAAGGGUGCCGAUGUGAAUGUAAUCUCCAUUGAUGGAUGGUCGCCUCUGCUUAAGGCAACUCAGAAACAGUAUCAUGAAAUUCUUGAAAAACUUGUUGAGAUAGGUGCAAAUUUAAGUCAUAAACUUCAUAAUUAGAAUACUGCUUUGCACAUUGCAACCGAACUAGGAGACUUGACCUCUGUGAAAAUAUUACUGCAAGCAGGUGGUGGAUUCUAGGAACUGCAAAACAUUAAUAAGGAAAAGGAGACGCCAUUCAAUAUUGCUGAGAGGAAUGCCGGUCGAGGUCAGUAAUACAUGGACACUUACCUUUAUUUAAAGUAACUCAUGGAGGAAAGGGAGGCCAAUGCUAACAAGGUAAAAGAUGAAUUAGUUAAGUAAGAGGAUUUGAAAAUAGAGAAGGAAGCAACUAAACGUACUAAGUAAAAGCAACAGCAGCAUAAUUAGUAAAGAAACGUUGAUAAUCUUAGAAAUCAAUCUCUUAAGGAAGCAGAUCUAACUAAUCAAGCAGAAGGUCAAAAUAUUAAUGAAGGCAAGCAUUAGAAAGAGGAGGCGUAUGCAAUGAGCUAGAUUGAAAAGUCGCCUAUCUAGGAUUACUAUAACACAGGAAGUGCAGAGAGUAGAAUGGGCAGUGAUAAGAAAAUGCACCAUCAAAACGUUUAAAAUAUGCACUAACAUGCUAAUCUAUAAUAACAGCAAUAAAAUUUGCAAUAGCAGUAGCAACAAUAAUAGCAUUAAUAUGUCUAAUUGGAGGACAGCAAGAUGCAGUUUGAGUAUGUUCAGUCUUAGCUAAAUAUAUCCCCUAAGAAAAAUGAUGAGAUGAUGAAGGGUAAUCAAUACAAUGUCUAAGGAGAGAGUGGAUCUUAAUAAAACAGGAGAUCCCCAAUGGCACCGACAAAUACUUUUUCUAAGAACUAAAAUCAAAACUAGAAUCUUGUUAAAAACAGAAAUUCAAUGGGUUUCAAUAAUAAUCCUCACUAUAACUAGUAACAACAACACUAGUAGCAUAACCCUAACUAGCAAUAGUAGCAGUAAUAGAAUAUAUAGAGUGCUAGAAUCUAGCAUAGCUAGUAAAAUAGCCUUAUGGGUAAUGAGACUUUAGAUUUUUAGAAUAAAGGAGGGUAAAAUUAGCAUCAUAUUUAAUAACAGUAGCCCUAGCACAUAAAAAAUAACAGCAACAAACAUAUUUCUCACCCAAAUCAGUCAUUUGGCUUAGGUGGAGGACCUUAAGGAUAAGGAAAUCUAGUGAUUAACUAGUAGCAUUCUUAGAAUUAGUAGCAAUAAAACUAUUAAAACACGCAAAUAAUGCAGAAUUAUGGUAUAUAAUAACAGUAGUAGCAGUAAUAAUAGCCAGGAAUGUAGUAAAAUAACUUAAAUAACAGAAAUUAGCAGUAAAAUUACAAGAAAGGAGUCAAUAAUUCACUUCCUUUCACAACUGUCAACCCCAAUUCAUCUCCCUAGAUGAAUCCCUAAAACUAGCAGCAUUAGAGGUAUCAACCUAUUAUUAAUCUAAGUUCUACAUAGUUACCUCCUUAAUCCCCAUUGAUGAUGGGAUAGCAGUAAUAAUUGCCUCCUCCUACUCAUAAUUUGAGCUAAUUCCCCACUCUUUUACCUCCAUAAUAGAUUAUGCAGUAAAAUCCAUCUAUGCAGCAGCCAUUAUAGUAAACUACUCAACCAAUGCAGCAAUAAUAACAGUAAUCUUAAUAAAUGAAGCAGUAAGUCUAGGCACAGUAGCAGUAGUAACAAUAGUAGUAAUAACAAUAGUAAAUAUUAUGGGAUGCAAAUUAUAUUUCAAAUCAAUUUAAUCCAGCAAAUAUGAUGCCUAAUUCACACAGUAUGAUUAAUCCAACAUUUCCCACUUUUUACUAAUCUUUAGGAAUCAUCAUCUAGUAACCACCUAUGCCCAAUCAGCAGUAAACACAUUAAAUGAUUCAAGCAUUUAACCACAACAAUGGAUUGCCUUUACCUCCAAAUACCCAAACUUUUACAAAUACAUCAGCCUAAGUGUCAUCAUCAAGAAACAUUACUUAAACUUAGCCUAAUCACCAGCCCAUGAAGGAAGCACUGGACCUCUGCGAUGAAUAGAAUAUGAAAGUCUUCAUGCUGAAUAGCAAAUGUAUUAAACUCUAGCGCCAUUAGAAGCAGAAGGAUCAAGAUUUGAAGUAAAAAGAGCAAUAGAUUGCUGAACUGACCAGAUAGUGCAAUGAGCAGUAGAUGUCCCUAGAAAAAGCUGACAAAGAAAUAAUCAACCUGAACUAGAUCUUGAAUCUGUACAAGAACUCUAACUUCCUUCUUGAACAGGAAAAGAACAUGUUCUAGCAGCAGAUAUAAAAGAUGCAGGAAAACAUCAAGGUAGUUGAGGAUAACUUCAAAGAUAACAAGAUAAAAAUGGAAAAAUGCUUCAUGAACGUAUUUCUACAUCAGAAACAGAUCAUCGACAAAAUUGUAUCUAAAUUCUAGGAUAAGAGUUUGUUUGAGCAAGCUGAGAUUGACUAAAUCCAGAAAAUGCAUAACGACUCUAAAGAAUAGUUUGACUAGUUCCUAAUUAUUGAGAGUUCGUCAGGAAAUCAAUUGGCCUAUACUUAAGGAGCCCCAUCACCUAUAACUGAGAGACAAAAUAGGCCAAAUCUAUUAAUGAGAAUGGUUGAUAGAUAUGAGUCUCAAUCAUAUACUCUUUAAGAUACCAAAGAUCACUGGUAGAGACUUCAUGAAGAAAUACUUCUAUUUAGAGAGUCAGUCAGAGAUAUCCUAUUAGAAAUGCAACCUAUCAAAGAAUAGCUAAUUAAGAAUAUAGCAGCUGUCAUUAAAAAAGCUAUACCGAACGGAGAAGUCAAAGUCUAUGGCUCUCAUGCGACUAAAUUAUGUUUACCUUGGUCAGAUAUUGACUUAGUAAUAAUUACUCCUAGAAAUGAUAUAAACUCUCAUAAUCCUAAAUAUGUUUUGAGCAUUAUUGCUAGAGAACUACAGUUAGAAGGAACAAAUAAAUGGAUAUAAGAGGUCAAAUUUGUUGAGAAUGCCUCUGUUCCAGUAGUUAAAGUUAAAUGUCAAAUUGAAUAAAUCAUCUAAGGAUCAGGCUUAUAAAGUUCAUAGAUUUCUAAGUACCAAGCUUUUAUUGAGCAGCCAUUCUGUAUUGAUAUUACUUAGCUGACUGAUAAUCACAAUGGACUUGAAUGUGUUAAGUUAGUCUAAGACUUCCUCAACGAGAACGAGGUCAUUGAGCCACUAAUUCUGGUACUAAAGCAAUACUUAAAAGUAUGCCAAUACAAUGAUCCCUACUUUGGCGGUAUAAGCUCAUAUGCUUUAUUCUUGAUGAUUGUGUCCUAUUUACAGUCUUCAUAAACGCCAAAAGAGAUUAGUAAAGUCAAUUUAGGCAAGCUGCUUAUUGACUUCUUUUAGUUCUAUGGAGAUUUCUAACAUAUGAACUAUGGUAUUUACACACAUUUGCCUGGAAAAAUUCCUGAAAAGACCAACCAUUAUCAAAUUGUCAAUAUCGAUGAUCCUCUGCAUGCUCACAAUAAUGUGGGUAAAAGCUCUUUCAAGUUCUUUGACAUUAAGGUAUCAUACAUUUAGUUUCAUUAAUUUUCGCAGGAAUCAUUUAAAUUUACAAGUGUAGCAGCCUAUACUGGAUGCUUCUGCGAUUCUCACUACAGCAACCUAAACAUAGAGAAGGCUAGGCAAGCAAUAUAUGAUGGUUUAAGUACUGCAAACAUGCGCAAUGGAUUCGAAAGCAUGUGUAAGAGAAGUUGUGACUCUAUCCUCAGUAAGAUCAUCUAUUCGUACAUGCAAUAUUUAAUGCACAGCCUAUGA